AUGGCGAUCUUCAGGUUCAGCUCCGGCGACGUCACCGGAUUUACGGUUCUGCUUGCCCUGGGGAUCAUGUACGGAGUUUUCUCUUUCCUAGCUUACUCCGUCACUCACAUGAAGUUCAUCACUCCCCUCGGAAUCGACGCCCCGCUCGACCGCUUCUCCGAAGCCAGGGCCGUCCAACAUGUCCGCGUUUUGUCCCAAGACAUCGGCGUUCGCCAGGAAGGGUCUCCUGGUUUAAGAAAAGCUGCUCUAUAUAUUAAAUCGCAGUUGGAGUUGAUAAAGGAGAGGGCUGGACCAAAUGUUAGAAUAGAGAUUGAAGAAACAGAAGUGAAUGGAACAUUCAGUAUGGUCUUCUUAGGUCAUAGUAUAUCGCUUGCUUAUCGAAAUCACACUAAUAUCCUGAUGAGGAUAUCUUCAGUAAAUUCCCAAGAAAAUGAUCCAUCAGUUUUGGUGAAUGGUCAUUUUGACACUGCACCUGGUUCUCCUGGAGCUGGUGAUUGCGGUUCAUGUGUCGCUUCUAUGCUUGAACUUGCUCGGCUGUGUGUUGAUUCUGCGUGGGUGCCUCAUCGUCCUGUUAUAUUUCUCUUUAAUGGAGCCGAAGAACUGUUUCUGCUGGGCUCACACGGUUUCAUGAGCACACAUAGAUGGCGAGACACUCUGGGAGCUGUCAUUGAUGUUGAAGCUGGUGGUACAGGAGGAACUGAUUUGGUAUGUCAAUCUGGCCCAGGAUCUUGGCCAUCUUAUAUCUAUGCUCAAUCGGCUUUACAUCCUAUGGCAAAUAGCGCGGCACAGGAUUUUUUUGGUGCUAUUCCUGGUGAUACAGAUUACAGAAUCUUUUCCCAAGACUAUGGGGAUAUUCCUGGACUCGACAUCAUCUUUCUCCUAGGGGGCUACUUCUAUCACACCGCCUCUGAUAAAGUGGAAAGACUUCUACCUGGAAGCUUGCAAGCACGUGGAGAUAAUUUAUUUAGUCUAAUUAAAGCCUUCACAAACUCCUCUAUGCUAAAAAAUGCAUAUGAAAGAGAAUCUCUCAGAGAAAUAGGGACUCAAUAUCAUGAUGAAAAGGCAGUUUUCUUUGACUUCUUCUCGUGGUUCUUGGUAUUUUAUCCAAGGCAUCUAGCUGUGAUACUUCAUAGUAUUCCUCUUGCAAUCUACUUUCUCAUGCCAAUACUUUUGCGGCUUCCAAAUAGAGUGUUAUCCUCUUCCUUUUUGACUUUCUGUGACUUCAUUAAAGGAAUGCUAUUUCAUGCUUUAGGGAUUGUAUCAGCUAUCAUUUUCCCAGUUAUCUUUGCUAUCUUGAGACUUCUGUUUUCAGGGACUGCAAUGAACUGGUUUUCAAAUCCGUUCUUGGCUUUUAUGAUGUUUAUACCAUGUUCAGUUGCUGGUCUACUAAUACCUAGAUUUUUUUGGAGAGAAUUUCCCCUUUCACAAAAUGCUUCACGGGUGAAAACUUCAAAAGAGGAAUUGGCGGGUGAAGCAAGAUUUUGGGGAGCAUUUGGUUUAUACUCUUUCAUGACAUUGGGAUAUCUUACAGCUGGGUUGAAUGGAGGUUUCGUGACCUUUUUGUUGGCAGUUUUCAUGCUUCCAGCAUGGAUGUCUUUUUGUCUCUCAGCCAAGUCAUUUGGCCAUGAGUCUCUCAGGUCACUUGCAUGUUAUGUGAUCCCUCUACUUCCUUGUUUAAUGUAUUCUGUCUAUUUUGGUGGGUUCCUGGUGGCCUUUUUGAUAGAGAAACUGGGGAUGACAGGGUCGCUUCCACCUCCUUAUGGUUACUUUAUCCCAGAUGUUGUAGUUGCUGCCGUAAUUGGAGUUGUAACUGGUUGGUGUGUUGGACCCCUUUUACCUAUUAUCGGAAAUUGGCUAACCCGGCCUUCUAUCAUGCAGUUCUUGCUGCAUGGAACUAUUAUUGCAUUAGCUCUAUCUUCACAAUUUUUCCCUUACAGCACUGGUGCACCGAAAAGAGUGAUUUUGCAGUAUACCAUAAGAACUAAAGGUGAUAGUCACGUUGAGGAAGCCAGUUAUGAUUUCUCUGUAGUUGAUUCAAAUUCUCUUCUUUUUGUCUUUAAACACGCUCCAGAAGUGGCAAGAGAACUGCAUUUGGGUUCAGACUUGUCAUUUGAUUCGGUUAAACCAUCAGCUAAAGAGACUUGGAUGGGAAUUUUCCCAAUAUCUUUCUUGUUCUCUGGAAGCAUGAAAUUCUCAGCAGAAAAGGAUGAGGUCUUCAAGCAAUACAGCCUUUUCCCAGCUCUAAGACCUCAUAAGCCGCAAGAUUUUUUUGAGGACGGUUCGCGCAGAAUCUACUUGGAAUUUUCUCUUGGGUCUUUACAGGAAGUUUGGGUUUCUGUGCUAAACAUUACUGGUCCGUUAUCCAGUUGGUCGUUUUCUAAUGGGGCACUCCCAGGUGAUUUGUUACUCUUUGGUUUAGUUGAGUACUUACAUUCUCCAUGAUUCUGUGUUGUGAUCCUUUCUGCUGUUGUUUACAGCUGCGGAAUCAAUUGCUCAUGGACCACCUUCAUAUAUUUGUAGAUUGAGUGGAGCGAGCCAUGAGAAUUGGAGCUUUUGGUUGGAGGCAAGAAAUUCAGAACCCUUGAGGGUGGAAGUUGCUGUGGUGGACUUGCGUUUAACUCAGUCUGCAACCAAAUUGAAAGGCCUUUUCCCCAAUUGGAUGGAUGUCACUGCUUUCUCAAGCUUUAGCUCUAGCUAUGUUCUGUAAUCGGGUAACACGUUUGCUGGAUACUAUACCAUAGAAUACAUCCCUUUAGCUUGUGCGAAUGCGGAAGCUGGCAGACGUAGCAGAUGGCGCAGUCAUGUCAAUCUGGUUUCAUUUCAACAGAUUGAUGUUUUCACGCGUAAAACAGAUACUCAGUUGAUCCCAUUCUUUGAUGCAACCAGUUUUACUAUUCCUCUAGUUGGUUCAUGGAAUCAAAUGGUGCUAACUUAUUGAAGAGGCUCAUAGUGUCAUUCAUCAGUCAGAUACCUGGUAGAGAUUGUACUGGAAUAUACUGCACAAAAUCAGAAUGUAGAAAGCAAUUCAUGAUUUAAGCAUACAGGAUGAGAAAAGUUAGAAGGAAGAAGAACAUAAUGAGAAAAUUGUUGCUCAUUCUUUCGCAUUUUUUAAAAAGUUCUUUUAAACUAGUUUCUCUUGAGGUGCUUCUCUUCAAACUUCAAGGCCAUAUUAUCCAGCUGCCAUUUAUUCUAUUAUCCGUCGUAUAGAAAUAGUCCAUAAUUAUAAUAUUUUUAGAACUAUUUACGCUUUAUGAUCUGAAAUAUUUUUGUGGGACAAAGGAG